UGCUAGUCACAUGACGCGUCAUAUUAAUAACAACGAAGUUGAGGCUUGUUCGGCGCUAGUUUUAUGAAAAUGAGUUUUUUAUCCGUAAUAUGUUACUUUCUUUGCUGCGCAUAUGCUUCGACAGACGAAAACAAGCCAGUUCAGGCAUUUGUAAUCCCACACAGUCACAUGGAUGUAGGGUGGGUCUACACCAUCCAGGAGAGCAUGCACGCCUAUGCAGCCAAUGUGUACACCAGUGUGACAGAGGAGCUGUCGAAGGGGAAACAUCGAAAGUUUAUCGUUGUGGAGCAGGAAUUUUUUCGACUGUGGUGGAAUAACGUGGCCUCAGACUCCCACAAGAAAAAAGUCCGGCAGCUUGUGAAAGAAGGCCGACUUGAGUUCAUCUUGGGGGGCCAAGUGAUGCAUGAUGAGGCUGUCACUGAUUUAGAUGAUCAGAUCCUUCAAUUGUCAGAGGGCCAUGGCUUUCUCUACGAGACGUUUGGCGUUCGUCCACGGUUCUCUUGGCAUGUCGAUCCGUUUGGAGCCUCUGCCACUACGCCGGUGCUCUUCGCCCUGGCGGGGUUCAACGCUCACCUCAUCUCCCGCAUCGACUACGACCAGAAAGACGACAUGCAGCAAAACAAGAAAUUACAGUUUGUGUGGAGAGGUUCCGCCUCCUUGAAAGAGCAGCUCUUCACUCACAUUAUGGACCAGUUCAGCUACUGCACCCCGGCUCACCUGCCGUUCUCUAACAGCUCUGGCUUUUACUGGAACGGAGUAGCAUUGUUCCCAGACCCUCCUAAAAGCGGUGUGUACCCCAACAUGAGUUUGCCCGUUACCAAGGCAACAGUAGAUGCUUAUGCCAGGACCAUGGUGGAGAACAUCAAGCAGCGGGCCGCUUGGUUUAGAACCAGACAUGUUCUGUGGCCAUGGGGCUGUGACAAACAGUUCUACAACUCCUCAGUGCAGUUCAACAACAUGGACCCUCUAAUGAACUACAUCAACAAGAAGAGUAAAGAGUUUGGAGUAACAGUGCAGUAUGCGACACUUGGGGAAUAUUUCCAAGCCAUCCACCAAUCCGAUCUCAUCUGGAAGGUCCGUGGCAGCCAAGACUUCCUGCCUUAUUCUUCAGCAUCCCAGCAGGCAUGGACAGGGUUUUAUGCUUCAAGGAACGUCCUCAAAGGUGUGGCAAGACGAGCCAGCUCCCAGCUUCAUGCAGCAGAGACUCUCUUCACACGCUAUUGCCUCAACUACCCAGACGGACCCGUGGCUAAAGACUGGGCGCUCACCAAACUCAGGGCUCUUCGCUGGGCCGUCUCUGAGGUACAGCACCACGAUGGGAUCACCGGCACAGAGUCUCCUCGAGUGUCAGAGAUGUACAUGCAGCAUCUCACACAGGCCAUGAUGAGCGUGGACGAGCUUCUGGCUGCAAUCAUCUUGCUGCCGCACAACCUCGACUCAAAGGGCAGCAACUACCAUGGAAAAGGUUUUGUUGCUUUAUCAUCUGAUGUUUCAACCGCACAGCAAGAGUACCAGUAUGAUGCAAACGGGCUUCUCUUUGCAGGUGCUCACCAGACAUUGGAGCAGCAUGUUAUCGUUUAUAACCCGUUAGCGUGGAACGUCACCACCGUGGUCAACGUCACCGUAACCUUACCGUUUGCGAGAGUCUAUGAUGAUGCCGGACAAGCAGUGCCUGCGCAGAUCCAGAAGUCCGCCUUGUCCAACAUGACCUACGACCUCUUCAUCGUGGUGGACCUGGGUGGUCUUCAGCACAGGAAAUACUCCAUCAAGUUCUCAGAGAAGCCCUGCCUCAGGAGUUCCAAGUGUGGUGAAACUUUCGAAGCCAAGUCGGUUUCGUUCGAGAGACUAAGCGUUCAGGAUUGGAAGAAAACGGGCAGGAGGCUCCUUCCGGUUCUGAGUGAAUGUUACAAGCUCAUGUUUGACCAGGACACUAAUUUACUGCACAGCAUCACAUACUUGCAGGACAAAAGAAAUGUGGAGAUGACGCAGGAUUUUUGGGAGUACCAGUCCAACGGCGACGUCCGAGCGGGGCCCGUCUCAGACAACUACAUCUUCAGCGCCAACGGUUCAGCAGUGCGAGCGUACGAGGCCGUGCGAAUGGAGAUCGUCCCCGGCGACGUCCUGUCUGAGAUCAGGCAAUACUUCUACAGAAAUGAAAGCGACGACGACUACGCCUUCUCUGUGGUCACCCGGGUCCCGCGAUGCUUUGGGACCAACGUCGGGUGUCAGAGGCUGGAGCAGACUUACUCACUGGGCCCCCUCUCUGUCAACACUGAGGUGGUUUUCAGGACCAGCUCGUCGCUAAGAAGCGAGCGGACGCUCUACACAGACAACAAUGGCUACCAGAUGAUGAAGAGAACACACAGCGAGUUCACCAACAACACUUUAGCUAGAAACUUUUUCCCCAUGGUGCGUGCGGCCUACAUGGAGGACGAGCUCAGUCGGUUGGUGCUGGUCAGCGAGCGAGCACACGGCGUGUCCAGCCAAGCCAGCGGACAGCUGGAGGUCAUGCUUCAUAGACGUCUCUGGAACAACCUGCCCUGGAACCUUGGCUACAACCUGACUCUCAACGACAGCUCAGUGGUCCGACCUACGCUGUGGAUGAUGCUGGGUGCCAAGGGUGCGACCUCCCAGCUCUAUCAGCGGGCGGCGAUAGAGCUGCAGCACACGCCUGUUGUCAUGCCCAUCGACAGGCCGCGGGAGGAGGACGGGAAAGGCUGGAGUGAGACAAAGCCCAGAGGAAGUCCUCCUCCACGUGCGCUGGUGCUGCCCCCCAACCUCCACCUGCUCAGCCUCAGCAUCCCCGGCUGGAACUACAGCUCCCGCCAUGAUGUCCACCUUGCUCGUAUUCGCUCAGGCCAACAUCGUCAACCCGAGCCGGACUAUGAUCGCGUCCUGUUGAGGAUCAUGCACAUCUUUGAGGAGGGCGAAGACCAUGACCUCUCAAAGCCGGUCACCAUAAACUUGAAGGAUGUGCUGCAGGCUGUGGGAGAAGUGUCUGCCGUGGAGGAGCGUUCUCUGACAGGAACCUGGGAUGUGGCCAGCAUGCAGAGAUGGACAUGGAAAACUGCAGAAGAAAUGCCCAUAAAAAACGUGAGCUCCAUUGGCGUCAUAGAGGAACCUUUUUCAGUGACCAUCUUGCCCAAACAGAUCAGAACUUUCUUUGUGUACUUCAAGUCCAGCUGUCGUCGUCUGUGAUGACAUCUCCAUUUAUUUUGGAAUCGAAGGAAAAUUUCGGCUCAUUUUUGCACAUCUAGAUCCUUUUUAAUUUAAUGGUUUAGCAUUCACUUUCUUACGGAAUAAAGUUCAUUGAAAAAAAUCCUAAUUAGUUUUUUUAAUUUGCUAUAAACUACGAACAUUAACAUUAAGAAAUGUCCAAUCUUGAAAAGUUGCAUUUUGUGUGUAGUCAAUGUAUGAAAUAGUUUCCCUUUUUAAAGAUGGGACUGUUGCAAUACAUUAUCUUUACAAAAAUAUUAUAUUAAUAAGAAGAUGGAUGGAUGGAUGGAUAUACACUAUAUUGCCAAGAAGUAUUUGGCCACCUGCCUUGACUCUCAUAUGAACUUGAAGAGCCAUCCCAUUCCUAACCCAUAGGGUUCAAUAUGAUGUCGGUCCACCUUUUGCAGCUAUUACAGCUUCAACUCUUCUGGGAAGGCUGUCCACAAGGUUGCAGAGUGUGUUUAUAGGAAUUUUCGACCAUUCUUCCAAAAGCGCAUUGGUGAGAUCACACACUAAAGUUGGUCGAGAAGGCCUGGCUUUCAGUCUCCGUUCUAAUUUAUCCCAAAGGUGUUCUUUCAGGUUCAGGUCAGGACUCUGUGCAGGCCAGUCAAGUUUAUCCACACCAGACUCUGUCAUCCAUGUCUUUAUGGACCUUGCUUUGAGCACUGGUGCACAGUCAUGUUGGAAGAGGAAGGGGCCCGCUCCAAACUGUUCCCACAAGGUUGGGAGCAUGGAAUUGUUCAAAAUGUUUUGGUAUCCUGGAGCAUUCAAAGUUCAUUUCACUGGAACUAAGAGGCCAAGCCCAACUCCUGAAACCCCACACCAUAAUUCCUCCUCCACCAAAUUUCACACUCGGCACAAUGCAGUCCGAAAUCUACCGUUGGUCUGGCAACCUCCAAACCCAGACUCGUCCAUCAGAUUGCCAGAUGGAAAAGUGUGAUUCAUCACUCCAGAGAACGCGUCUCCACUGCUCUAGAGUCCAGUGGUGACGUGCUUUACACCACUGCAUCCCACGCUUUGCAUUGGACUUGGUGAUGUAUGGCUUAGAUACAGCUGAUCGGCCAUGGAAACCCAUUCCAUGAAGCUCUCUGCGUACUGUACGUGGGCUAAUUGGAAGGUCACAUGAAGUUUGGAGCUCUGUAGCAACUGACUGCAGAAAGUUGGCGGCCUCUUUGCUCUAUGCUCUUCAGCAUCCGCUGACCCCUCUUUGUCAGUUUACGUGGCCUACCACUUGGUGGCUGACUUGCUGUUGUUUCCAAACUCUUCCAUUUUCUUAUAAUAAAGCCGACAGUUGACUUUGGAACAUUUAGGAGCGAGGACAUUUCACGACUGGAUUUGUUGCACAGGUAGCAUCCUAUGACAGUUCCACGCUGGAAAUCACUGAGCUCCUGAGAGCGGCCCAUUCUUUCACAAAUGUUUGUAGAAACAGUCUCCGUGCCUAAGUGCUUGAUUUUAUACACCUGUGGCCGGGCCAAUUAAGUGAUUAGGACACCUGAUUCUCAUUAUCAGGGCGGGUGGCCAAAUACUUUUGGCAAUAUAGUGUACGUUGUAAGUGUAUAUGUAAUGUAGAUAUCAAGUGCUUGAUUGUAUACACCUGUGGCCGGGCCAAGUGAUUAGGACACCUGAUUCUGAUUAUUUGGAUGGGUGGCGAAAUACUUUUGGCAAUACAGUGUAUGUAUAUUUUAUAUUUUUACUAUGUCUGUUUUGACAAUCUUAUUGUAAAUGUUCCUUAAACGUGGGCUAUAUUUGUUGUAAAUGU